AUGUGGUAUGGCAAUAGCUCGGAGACAGUGGGGUGCAGUGAACUAUCGGUCCACAUCACGUCUGAGAGGGGCAAGCUGAGCGGGUGUGAGGGGAGAGGGAUGUGCACUGAGGAAAUGUGUGAUGGAAAAAGUGGAGAGUUGGUUACAUGCGGUAUGGUAUCAGCUGGGGGUGUUGGUGGCAGAUCCACUGCCAUUGGGGGCCUUGGGGGGAAGGAUGAGUCUAACUUAAUAACGGUUGUUUCUCUUGCACUUGGCUUGUUUCAAGAUUUUGGCACACCACAGCCUGCAGGUGAACCUCCAGUCGAUUGGGUGCUGUGCGCACAGGAAGUCGUAGUCGGCGACAUAGCAUUAUUAGAACCCGGGGAAAUUGUCCCCUGCGACGACAUCUUCUUAUCCAGGCACAAUGUCAAGUGUGGUGAAUCAGCGGCAACUGGCGAGUCGGAUGCUAUUAAAAAGGUGUCCUAUGCAGAUUGUCUGGUGCUGAAGCAGGCACUGAAACGGGUCGUCCGAAAUAUGGCGGUCGUCGCACAUCUAGAUAAGAUUAAGGCUGUAACAAACGCAUGGGAGUCGAGUCACAUGAUGAUCAACGGACCUGCUCUUGAUUCUGAAUCAGACAAUGGCAGCCGAGAUAUUAUAAUAGUUAGUAAUAAGUUUGGGCAAGAUUGA